CUUUUGCACGACACAAUUAUCCUCUUUAUUCUCAAUGCCAGGAACGACAUCCAACAAGGCAGAGAUGGAUAAAAUAGCAACCUCAUUUGACCGGGUGUCUGUUAAUGAUGCAGAAUUACCUUUAGCAGGCACAGAUUUGACUUUUUCAGCAGCCUUAGAUGAUACUGAAAACAUUGAACAGCUGGGUCCUGUAAUUAAAAAUAUUAUAGAAACAGGAAAACGAACAGCCUUCUUGGACAGCUUAGAUGCUCUUAUUAGAAAAAAAGACGCUGAAAUUGAACGAAUGUGUAAUAUUCAUUACCAGGAAUUUGUCAGUGCAGUAGACCAACUUCUUAAAGUGAGACAAGGUUCAGUAGAAUUGCGUAAAAAACUAACGGAUGUGAACCAAGCAUUACAAAUAAGAGGAACCAAAUGGGCUGCGAGGAAAAAAGAGCUGACUAAUGCUAGGAAGAUACAACAAAAUAUUGAAGAUGCUAUCGAAGCUUUACAGUCAAGCUUGGUUCUACUUGAAUCGGCAAACAAAGUGAACGAACAACUAGACCAAAAGAAAUAUUAUGCAGCACUCAAGAUUCUGAACAACUUACAAGACGAUCGGUUGGGGCAAGCGACUCAGUAUACCUUUGCUAAAAUGUUAGCUCAAGGAGUGCCUAUAAUGCAAAACACGAUCAAAGCUACAGUGACAAUGGAGUUAAAAGAAUGGCUGGCCAGGCAAGUUCUACUUUUUGCCUUUACCUUAGUACGUGAAGUAUCUAGAGAGAUUGGUCAGUUGGCGAUGCAACGUAUGCAGGAAAGACAGGAUCGUUGGAGAUCAAGGACAUCAGAGAAUCCAAGGCUAAAAAACCUUCAGCAUCAUCAGGUGAACUCUGCGAUCGAGAUGGUAGUGAAUGAGGGACUUGAAACUAGUAUAUUGGAUGAAGUGAACAUAGAUUUUGAGCCACUUUAUAAAUGUAUACACGUCUACAGUACCUUAGGGAAGCCAAAUGAAUUCAAAGCUUCUUACUCAGAAGACAGAAGAGCUCAGGCGAACUUGGCUUUAUCAACUCCUAUUAACUUGCGUAAUGGCAACUUGACCACGUUUGAAACGCUGCUGCAGGAUAUUGUAGGGUUCUUUAUCAUAGAGCACAUGAUAUUACAUAAUACAACAGAGUUUAGAAGCCAAGCAGAAGUAGAUGGACUGUGGGAGAUGGUUACUGGUAAAGUUAUCCUAGUGGUAUCAGAAAGUUUGAAGGGCUGUAAAGAUCCUGAGCUCUUUUUACGCAUUAAAUUUUUACUGUUGAUGUUUAUUCAAACGCUAGAAGGAUUUGAUUACUCUGUAAAGCCUUUACAAGAAACACUAUUGACACUCUUUCAAAGAUAUUCAGAACUACUGAUUAAUCAGUAUAGUGAAGUCAUGGAAAAGAUUGUACAAGAAGAUGAAUGUAUGCCUAUGACUGUAGAAAAUGAAGAUGAACUUAAGGAAGUUAUGCAAUAUACCCGAUUCCGACCUGAUCGUGAAUUUAUCAAGAGAUAUGGAUUUCCAUUAAGGCUGCCAUUUUCAAAGGUAUUUCCAACAUGUUGUCGUGAUGUCAGCUUCUUUGUACAUCAAUUCUAUCAAUUCGCUGAGGGCUUUUCACAAACGCACGGUGAAAUGGAUGAUAUACUGAAAAAGGCAGUGGACAGUUUACUUAUUCAAAAAGUGAAUGCUAUCCUGCUAAAGAAACUACAAUCGACCAAUCUAUCUCAAAUUGUUCAGAUCAUCAUCAACAUAGAGUAUUUUGAGUCAACUUGCCCAGACUUUGAAAUGCUAUUGAUGGAAACACGAUCAUUCCACAGGUCUGGACAUAUACACUUGAAGGCUACCUCGACAUUUAAAGAAACGAGAAGAAAGGCAGAGAAACGCGUAUUUGAACUGGUAAACUCUAAACUUGAUGAAUUCUUGGAGUUGUUUGAAUAUGACUGGGAGUCUGAAGAGAUGCAGAAACAACCGAGUCCAAAUUUACAGGACUUGGUUACUUUUUUAACCAAUGUGACGAACGCAGCUCUCUUAAAUUUACCAGAGACCAUCAAGAGCUUACUGUACUUUGAUGCAUUAGAGCAUCUUAGUCAGUCAAUGAAAGGGUUGUUGUUGGAUACUGAUCGACAGCAUAUGACAGAAAUUGCAUUAAGUAAUUUUGAUACUGAUGUUCGCUUUGUCGAAGAUUUUGUAAAUAGUCUAGGCGACCCUACACUAAACGAUACCUUCUUGGAGCUCAGACAGCUUCUUGAUUUAGCCAUACUCAGUGACAAUCCUGAAGAGUACUUGACGCCACAGGUCAGAAAUCGCAAGUAUAAUAGGCUUAAUAGCCGUGAUGUUGUUAUUCUGUUUGAAAAACUCUUGCGUACACCUUUACAGAUGCAUUCAGUCCUCAGUCAAAAAGAAAGAAUGAGAAGGAAAGCUUUGGAGAAUGUUGCAAGGGGCAAUGUAGAGUAUUACGUUCAGUACACAUCAGUGGUUCACGAUAAAGGAUGA